UGGGGGUCUCCUGCCGUCAGAGCCCCCCAGCAGCGCGCAGCGACGCUCGUCUCCCCCGUGAUUUCGGCGGCGUAAUUCUGCCACUCUCCCUGCUGUUUAUCAAACCACAUGUUGGAAGAUGGCUUUCCUCAUCACCCCGUUUUGGAGGCACAUAAAGGGCGCCGGCAUCUUCGUGCCCAUGCCCGAGACGAACAUAGAUACUGUUGUUUGCCGGCGAGAGCAGUUUCAGAUUUGUGAUGCUGUUCUGGGUUUAGGUGCCUCCUUUAGGCCCCCACAGGUGCGGAGACCGUCCGUGUUUUCUGCUGCUACCGUGAAGCAGGCGUGCGGCGUUGUUUUGGUGGCGUUAAAACACGUUAGCAAAGUCCGGAGACGGCACUGCGUGUGUGUUUAGAAAGCGUAGCUGUAUACUGAGGACUUGGAAGACUCCUCCAGGAUAUAAUAAUUCACAAGGAAUAUAAUUAUUCCUAAUGGAUGCUGAAGACACCUUCAGCCCUCUCUUUGAAGGCUAGUCACAGACGGAGCAAUAGCGUGGUGUUUUGGUAGAAUUUUAGGUACUGAAUAGAAACAAAGCACUAUAGGGUGGUUCAUCUGUCUCAUCCUCUGCAAUCCCACGCCGGAUUUGGUAUCAAUUUGUACUGCUUUUAAAGGUUUGCAAAGCCAAAGUUAUCUUUUGAAAUAAUUGUACAAUUAAAUAAAGAACCCUCUAUGUUUUAAUCUUAUGUUGAAGCUAUACAUUAGGGCUGAUUAAAAAAAAAUCCGUACCAUUUCUGUGACAUUGUUUACAAAUGUCUUUUCAUAGAAAAUUCAAAAUAUUAACAGAAACUUCGAACUGGAAAUGAAGAACCUUGUAAGAUAGCUGAGCAUGUUGAAAAACAAUGUCUUCAGCUCUACCUUUUGCAUGUUCUGUGUUUUUGCUUGUUUUCUUGUUUUCUUUCUUUUUGAAGCAGUGGGCACAGGAGCUAGUACUGUCUCCAGCUGAGUGCUUGCUUUUGGCCCCAAGCCCACUGCUAAAGAUGGACUCAAGGCAGGCUCCUCUGUCACUGCUUUUAUGUAGUUUCUAUUUUCUUAUGUAUGUGCCUUGGCUCAUCUCGGAGUCAGCUCUCUUGGUUUAACUCCACAAUCACGUUCGCUUUCCUGGCUCAUGCGGAGUAAUAGACAUUAGAGAGAUGGAGGAAACCUAUUGGGGGUCAUGUCUGGUCCGUCCCCCAGGGAACAUCACAGGAUUGCUUCCAGCAGGAUAUUUUCAGAUGCUUUGUCCAACGCAGUUUCAAAUGUCUCGAGUGAUUGAGAUUCCAUUCCAACUGCCAGCUCAGAUUUGGAGGAGGAAUAAGGAAGAUAUAAUUUCUGCUUUCCUGGAUGCUCCUAUACCCUAGCCGGAGGACACACAACCCCAUUGUUUACCCCUGCCUUUACUUGCCUCUCUUGCUUUAAGCCCACUUGCUUGGUGGCUAAGGGCCCUUUCAGAGUCAGAAACGCUUCCUUCAGGACUCGCAAAGGCCAGCAGCCCUGGCCGGGUAGAGAGAGGAGGGUGCCAAAAGCGGUGGAGGGUCUUCAAGCAACCUUGUCCCCCCUAAAGCAGUGGGAGCUUCAGCUUGCGGAGGGAGACCCUGAGACAAGCAGGAGAGACACAGAAAGCAGGGAGAGAGGGGUGCAAGGAAUUGCUGGAGACCUCAAUAAAAUAGCAAUUCUGUUGAAAUUUUCUGGGUUCUCAACUGGAGACUCUUAUAUUAACACAGAACCUGUUCCCAGCAUUAAACAGCCUGAACUCAGUGAUCUUCAAAGCGUGCUGCGAAAGGCUGCCGUUGGUAUGACUGACGAAAUUGAGGCUUGCUAUGGAAUUGUCCAGGUUCCAACCGGCCCCUGGUUCUGCAGAAAAUGUGAAUCCCAAGAGAGAGCCGCCAGGGUGAGAUGUGAGCUGUGCCCCCACAAAGACGGAGCCCUGAAGCGGACCGACAAUGGUGGGUGGGCCCACGUCGUCUGUGCUUUGUACAUCCCAGAGGUUCAGUUUGCCAACGUGCUCACCAUGGAGCCAAUUGUCCUGCAGUAUGUACCCCACGACCGUUUUAACAAGACCUGCUACAUCUGUGAAGAGCAGGGCAGGGAGAGCAAAGCAGCCUCAGGAGCCUGCAUGGCCUGUAACCGACACGGCUGCCGACAAGCUUUCCACGUCACCUGUGCCCAGAUGGCUGGCCUCUUAUGUGAAGAGGAAGUCCUAGAAGUCGACAAUGUCAAAUAUUGUGGCUACUGCAAGUACCACUUCAAUAAAAUGAAGACCUCGCGUCACUCUGGUGGUAGCUCCUUCAUUGCUGGCAGAAGGAGCCGAUCCACGUCCCCUGCUCAAGAGAAGCAUGUAUCCCACCACGAAAGGCCAAAGAAGAGUCGGAAGGACAAGGAAAGACCUAAACAGAAGCACAAAAAACGUCCAGAGUCUCCCACCAGCCUCACGCCAUCCUCGGUGCCCGUCGCGGCUGAGAAGGGCUCCACCAGCCACCAUGAGGGGAGCAAAGAGACCUCGGAGGUCAGCAGGUCGGAGGUGAAAGGCAAGAAGUCCUCAAGCCAUGGCAGCAGCCACAAGGGGAAGAAGACGGGAAGUGGGAAAAGCUCAGCUGGCUUCAGCUCCGCUUCAUCCAGUGGGACGUUUCAACCUGCAGGCACCUCCUGCAGCUCCUUGCAGUGCUCCCAGGACUUCGUGACGUUCCCCAAGCUUGAGCAGGAGGACGAGAAGUACCGGAAGCCUGUCUCUUCCUCUUCAUCUUCCCAUUGCUCCCCUCUGUAUGAAGGCCAGAAGGGGGAUGUUUUUGAGCAGAAGGUGAUCUUCUCAGGCUUUGGCUCCAUCAUGCGUUUCUCCACCUCUGCGGUGAGCCAGCAGAGAGGCCGUGACGCUUCUCCCGUGGACUACAAGGCCUCAAACCCUGUGAGCGGCCCUUCGGUGGGGAGUGGCGGGGCCAGCGGUAGCAGCAGCAGCCACAAGCGCAUGCCUUCUCUCAGCGUCGAAGAGGGAGAGGUGCUGAAGGAAAAGAAGCACAAAGGUAGCAAGAAAAACAAGCAUGGGCCUGGCAGGCCGAAAGGGGGCAAAAGCAAAGAGACUUUGGGGGCCCAGCUGGCUGGGUCUACAUCCACCUCCUCAUCACCCUUCUCCGGGGGCUCUCUUGUUAGCUCCAGCAUCGGCAACUCGUCACGAUCCUUCAGCCACACAGGGAACCUGCCCAGCCUCAGCAUGGAGUCUCCGCUGCUGGGUUCAGGGAUCUACACCAGUAACAAGGACCCUAUUUCCCACGGGGGCGGAGUGCUCCGAGCUGUGUGCAGUACACCCCUCUCUUCCAGCCUGCUGGCGCACCAGGGUACAUCGUCUCUCCCACAGCUCAACCGGUCUCCCUUUGCUAGCACCAUCCCAGCCUCCUCUUCCUCGGUCUCCACCACGCAGGUGUUCUCACUGGCAGGUUCAACAUUUAGCCUUCCCUCCUCGCAUAUCUUUGGAAGCCCCCUCACAUCUGGGCUGUCGAUCAACCCACUCUUAAAUCAGUCGGAAAGCAGCCGGGCAGAGCCCGAUCUGGAAGACUGCAGUUUUGGCUGCCGAGGGACGUCGCCCCAGGAGAGUCUCUCUUCCAUGUCCCCCAUCAGCAGCCUGCCAACCCUCUUUGACCAGACUGUGUCCUGCAGCAGCAGCGGGCAGCUGGAGAAUGUUCCCCAGGCCACCCCAAACAUCGAGCAGCUCCUGGAGAAGCAGGGCAAUGGGGAAGCCGGCGUAAACAUUGUAGAAAUGCUCAAAGCCCUGCACUCGCUGCAGAAGGAGAACCAGCGGCUCCAGGAGCAGAUCAUGACGCUGACAGCCAAGAAGGAGCGUUUGCAGCUCCUCAACGUCCAGCUCUCCGUCCCUUUCCCGGUGGUGACCACCAGCAACGGCCCCGGCAGCCAGGCCCAGUACAUCCUGCCUCCCAACGUCUGCAACAACGAUUCCCUGAGCAUCAGCAAGAGCCCCCCAUGCAAGAACAGCUUUGGGAUCGAGAACUCGCUCUCCACCUCCUCUGAGGACCCUCAUUCAGGUUGCCCCAGCAGGAGCAGCUCUUCCCUGUCCUUCCACAGCACUCCUCCGCCCCUACCCAUGCUGCAGCAGAGUCCUGCCUCGCUACCCCUGCCCGGGGUGCAGCAGGUGAAUGGCCUGGCCAGGGUGGCAGGCAGCGGGCUGGGGGGAGGCACCACUGCCAGCCACUGCCUCUCCACGGUGCCCAUGGUGGACGGCCUGAUGGGGACCCUGGCAGGAGGCCAGCAGAUGCCCAUCAACGGGAUCCUGGGGAAUCUGAACGGCGCUCAGGCCGCCCAGGCUCCAAGCGCGCUGACGCAGGCGAGCGGGCCUCCGACCUUGCAGCUCUCCACCAGCCUGAGCAGCGUGCCCAGCCUGAGUCCCCUGACGGAGCAGCAGCGGCACGUCCUGCACCAACACGAACAUCAGCUCCAGCAGCUUCAGCAGCUCCUGACUUCCCAGCCACUUAAUCCGGAGCAGCAGGCCCUGGUGUUCCAGAUGAUGCAGCAAAUCCAGCAGAAGAGGGAGCUGCAGCGGCUGCAGAUGACGAGCUCGUCCCAGCUGUCCAUGACCAGCCUCCUGGCAGCCACCUCCGCCCCUCUCCUGCACUCCAGCACCAGCGCCCUGAUGACCUCAGCCCCCCAGGCGCCCCCCAGCAGCAGCUCUCUCAUGGCCUCCCUCUCCCCCCAGCAGCUCAAUGCUAGCAAUGCCCUGCUGGCUCCCCAGGCCACCCCACCGCUCAGCGCUCCUGGGAACAGCCUCAUGGCUUCAGGGACAGGCAUCCCACCCGUCCUUACAGCACAGACUAACCCAUUUCUCAACCUGCAGGCUGAUGGCAACACCCCGAAAGGAACGAGCAUGAAUGAAAAGGGAGCUCCUCUUACCCAGGACAAGGGCUAAGCUCCCCCCUCACCCUGAACAAACCAGCAGCCAACUCCUCUCAACCAGGGGAAUGUGGCUUUCCACAGUCAGCAACUUUGAUACUGUUAGAGCAAUGAGCACAAGGCUUCCAAGAAGCAUUUCCUGCCGCUGGGCAAUGCCAAGAGGUGCUUUGGAAGACAGUACGUCUCUGACCAAGCCCUGGUAUCGGGAGGAGCGAAGGUGGGGGGCUGCCUGCCGCCCUGGUCCGUGCCACACAUGCUCAAAGUGAAGCUGUGUUUCCGUGCAGAGUGGAGGAGAGAGUUAACACCAGAUGCCUGCCAGUCUCCUCCCUGCCGUGAGUGCAAGCGUGUGUUUACGUGUGUGUAGCCCCCAGGCUGAGGCACUAGAGACCAUGAAGCAUCCUUGGCCAAGACCUUGGUGGAAGGAGGCCUCUCUGCUGAGGACUCUCCUUUCUGCACAGUGCAGAGGGAUCUGGCAGUGCCCUCGGAGGCAGCAAUGGAUGUAACACAGCUGGGGAAGAGGGACGUGGUGGCAGUGCUUGCGUGGUCUGCUUUGUCCAGAUGGGGAGGUUAAAAAGAAGUCCCAUAGCUGAGAUUUCUCACCUGCUUUUCAUCUGCUGGGCUCUUAGGAUGCUUUUCUCUCUGUAGCCAUCAUAUGAAGCCCUUACACCUCAGCUGGAUCCAAACCCAGCCUGAAAAGACAUGAGCAGUGGAGCGAUGGGUGAGGAUUGGUGCUUAGGGAGGUGAAAGCCACCUGCUUCUUUAAAGGACGUUGCCACAUCUGCUCUGCCAGCUGCUGUCGGUUCGGUGCUGUACUUUUCACAUGAAAAGCACACUCCUGCUCCUUGUGCCGUCUCUCACUCUUUCCUUCCAAGGUUCCCAGAGCCCAAAACUACAGCUUGCCAAAAGGGGCUGUAGCCAGUAUUACCCCUCUCCUAGCCAAGUUCAGAAGGUGCAUCUGAACCUGGCAGUUGUCUCCCAUGCGUAAGCUGGGAGACGGAAAUGUCUGUGGGGGAGGAAAAAGAGUCCCAGUACCUGUUCUCUCUUACCCCCCACAAGAAGUAACCCUAGUCUGGCAAAAAAUGUUCUUCCACUGGUCUUGGGCACUUGGGAAAAGGAAUCUCCAAGCAAUGGGAAAGUUGCCAGUCUCCCAAACUGUGACAUUGGACCCCUUAUUUGUUUUUGCACCUUUUGACCUUAACUCCAUCUUGCAGCCUGGGAGCCUCAGCAAAGAAACCUGCUUCCUCUGAGAUUGGAUGCAAUGGAUUGAGUGAAGGACAGGUGGGGCAGCUUUGAGGGAAGGGGAGCAUCUACGUCAAACGUACAAAUCCUCCUUCCCUUCCUUGUCCCCUGGUUAAAUCCAGAUCUCCUGGGGGACAGGCAUGAAGACUCCAGCUAACAGAAACUCUGAGGGUCUUUUUUUGUUGUUUUUUCUUUUCUUUUCUUUUUUUUUUUUUUAAUUGUCAGACCUUAAUGGAUAUUUUCAGCACAUUCCCACUGCCCCUAACUGGUUUGCACUAUUCAAAUUUGUCAGCAGUGGGUCUGUGCUGAUAGUAGAGAAAAGCUCUAUAGGCAAAACUCAUCUGCUAAAUAACUUCCUUUUGGGGGGGGUGGGGGGGGUGGGAGGGAUAUUAUCACCACAAUGGUUGAAUAAGGCUAAAAGGUGAGAAAAUACCCUUCUGAUCUCAGCCUCCAGUUCUGUGAACUGAGCAGAAUGUUGCUGUCUGCUCAGAAAUAUAUAUAUAUAUUUAUAAAUAUAUAUAUAUAAAAAAAUAAAGAAAAGCUAAUGUUUUAACAAUGUCAGGAAGCUAAUAGGAAGUUGGAGAUGGCAGCUAAAAGUGAAAAUGCAGAAGAAAAAAAAAUACUUUCUCUCUUCCUAGCAGUCUCUGCAGUAUAGGCACAGAUAGGAGCUCCUGGAAACGUGGCUCUCGCUAACACAUUCCCUGUCCCCAGCUGGCUCCUGAGGAAGUUAAGGGCCAAGAUGUGCCAACUUCUACCAGCCUGGUACAUUUACAAAAUGUCAACGAUAUCUUAUGAUAUCUUUUUAGUUUCAAAUGGUUUAAUUUUUUUUUUUUUCUCCUUCCUGUCCCUGAAAUUGCUCUGGCACAAUUGUGUGCUUGCACUUUUUGUCUCCCCCCUCCUCCCCAGCUCCUCCCCUCUGCAAACAGAGGUACUGCCCAACCCGCCCCCGUCCCCGGGACCCUCCGCUCCGUAAAGGACCCGCUGCCACGGCGGUGGUCUGCCUCGCGCUGCCCGGGCACAACAUGCAGCGGGGCUGUUUCAGAGGCUGCCACGCUAAAUUCUGGCCCUGAAGUGCCCUGUUUGUGCAUGUAAUGCCACAUGUACAGAGGGCUGCAGCUACCAGCCUUCGGCAGGCAAAUGGGUCUGUGGGAUUUGGGAGCAGAUGUCCCUUAGUGGUGGAGUGCUGGUUUAGGUCAGCAAGAUGGUGGACAGAAUUGCCAGAAGUAAACCAGUGGCUGUUUAAAUGUGCAAAUAUGGUAUUCUGCCAGCUGCUUGCUGAUCUGGAUUUGCUUUUUUGGUUGGUUGGUUGUUUCCCCUCUCCUUACUCUAACAUCCCAAAUUUGAGUUGCCACCUGUUCUGCUGUCAUGCCCAGAAUGAUCCGUACCACAAGGGCUUGACGUUGUGCCUAGAUCAAAAUGCUUCAAAACUUAACUGCGUUUCAAGGUUGGAACUCGAAAACAAGUCAGCCUGGGAGCAGGAAGAGCGGGGUGGGCAGCGGGGGAGUCUGGUUAGCGUCUGUCCCUUUUGUAGUUCUGGCCAGAUCUAGUGACAUACAACACCCGUCAUCUCCCAGGGCAACAAAAACCUCCUUCGAGUUGCUGAUUUGCAACCUGUGCUUCCCAACUCCUUGUGCAACGACAGGAGCUUCCAAGGGCUCGGGGAAGGUACCCGGAGGUGAGCUUGCAGGCAGGAGGCUGAAAUGCGCCGUACAGGGCAAAUACCUGGGGAGCCCGCGCAUCAGAGGCUGGAAUCAGGACUGAGUUGGAGGGAUCUGUUUGUAGACAGGCUCUCCGUUAAACACGGAGAUGUCCCAGUUGGGGCCGAGUUGUGCUGCGUUCCUGGUUGCCCUUGCUGGGUGUCAGGCGUGCCCGCUUACUUCUGCUCAUGGCGGUAGUUUGAGUACGAAGCCUCUCUGCUCCCUGGGGCUUCCUCGAGUGGGUAGGGGAGAGGCUGGAGAUCACAAGUGGGGAAGAGACGUAUAGCACUUACACGUUUCUCUGACAUCUUCCAAAGGUGCCUGGUCCCUCUGCCUUGUCUGACCACCUCAACCUGUCCCAGAGCCAAAGGUCCCUUUGGCAGGUUGAGGGGAAGAGAAGGGGGCACUUUUGGAAGGUUGACAUUAAACGUUUGUAUCUUUGGGGAAAACGAGGUAGAGCAGGGGAAAGGAAAAUAAAAGCUAAAGAUUAUCUGUGUUUCAGUUGCACUGGGGUACGUUUCUUUACCCGUUUUGAUGCUAAUGUCUCAUUUAGUAUGUUGCAUGUGUCUUUUUUUGUUUUGAUUUGUUUUUUAUUAAAUAAAAGAGAAAAAUGUGUAUAUUUUUGGCAAUUUAAGGUAAUGUAGCUAAGAUAUAUUUUUUUCACGCUGCUUGACUUCUUUAUUAUAAUAAAUAAUAUUAAUAUUAA